AUGGCAGGCAUUGUUGUUGAAAAAGCUGCUGCGGGUCGGCAGCAUCAACCCCGCGAUGGCGAUAACAGAAACACAGGGGCUGUAGCCUCAGACGACCUUCAGUUACCAGAUAUCAACCCAGCUGAGGAACAUGGAGCACCGCCCCCUUAUGGAGAGAAUCAUGAUCAGGUUCAUUUCUCACAGCCUGGGUUUGACGCUGGUGCAGCGAUAACCGGCGAUGGUCGAGUCAAUAUUAAUAUCAAUGCUAAGAACAGGAGGCUUACAGACCUUCUCGCUCCAACGCUUCAAGGUCAACUUGCACCAGAGCCUGAACAGCCUGAGCUUCCUCCUGCAUAUAUCCCUCCUAGUCUGGGAGGUCUACCCGGACAAACACCACCACCCAAACUCAAUGUCGUCGUCCAGAUUGUGGGAUCUCGUGGAGAUGUUCAACCCUUUGUCGCUCUGGGAAAGGUUCUCAAGGAUACUUACGGACACAGAGUCCGAAUAGCUACUCACCCUACUUUCCAACCCUUUAUUGAGGAGAAUGGUCUCGAGUUCUUCAGUAUUGGUGGCGAUCCUGCUGAACUGAUGGCAUUUAUGGUCAAACACCCUGGUCUCAUGCCUGGUUUUGAUGCCAUUACAAGUGGCGAAGUAAGCAAACGCCGAAAAGGUAUUCAAGAAAUUCUUAUGGGGUGUUGGCGAUCUUGUAUCGAAGGGGGAGACGGACUCGGUCCGCCACCAAAACCACAUGCCUCAAAUGCUCCAUUGGACGUAUCUCUGGAGGUGCCAGGCGGACCUGGUCAAGAGCCCUUUGUUGCCGAUGCUCUCAUCGCGAACCCUCCUAGCUUCGCUCAUGUUCAUAUUGCUGAAAAGUUGGGUAUCCCAGUGCACAUGAUGUUUACCAUGCCUUGGUCCCCAACACGAGCCUUUCCACACCCCUUGGCAAAUAUCCAGUCAUCAAAUACAGACGACGUGAUGACGAACUAUAUGUCGUACACUCUAGUCGAAAUGAUGACAUGGCAGGGCUUAGGAGAUGUCAUCAACAGGUUCCGGGAGAAGGCACUCGAUCUCCCCCCACUUUCACUAAUCUGGGCACCUGGACUUCUUGCAAGACUCAAGAUCUCUUGGACAUAUUGCUGGUCACCAGCAUUGAUUCCCAAGCCCAAUGAUUGGGGACGACAUAUCGACAUUGCUGGCUUUUACUUUCUCAAUCUUGCUUCCUCAUACACCCCUGAUCCAGACCUAGAAGCAUUCCUUCGAGAUGGCCCGCCCCCUGUUUACAUCGGAUUCGGAUCCAUCGUUGUCGACGACCCCAAUGCCAUGACCGAGAUGAUCUUUGAGGCAGUCAGACUUUCAGGCGUCAGGGCAUUGGUCUCCAAGGGCUGGGGUGGACUUGGUGCUGAUGAUAUUGGUAAACCUGAUGGCGUGUUUAUGCUUGGCAAUGUUCCUCACGACUGGUUGUUUGAGCACGUCUCAUGUGUGGUACAUCAUGGUGGUGCUGGUACCACUGCCGCUGGUAUCAAGGCCGGAAAACCUACUCUUGUGGUCCCCUUCUUCGGUGAUCAGCCAUUCUGGGGUGCUAUGAUAGCGAGAGCCAAUGCUGGCCCCGACCCCAUUCCUUACAAACAACUGACAGCAGAGAAGCUUGCAGAAGCCAUCAAAUUUUGUGUCAAACCGGAGACUCUGGAGCAGGCCAAAAUUCUGGGUCAGAAAAUUCGAGAAGAACGAGGAACUGACGUUGGUGGUAAGAGCUUCCACGAUCAUCUGGACACGGACAAGUUGCGUUGUACUUUGGCUCCAAGCCGAGCUGCAGCAUGGCGCGUAAGGAGAAGUCAAGUAAGGCUGAGUGCUUUUGCGGCUGCAGUGUUGGUUGAGCAAGGUUUACUGCAAUGGUCUGACCUCAAACUAUACCGUAUGACGGAGUACAACACGGAAGAACAGCCGACUGACCCAAUCUCUGCUUGCACAUUGUCACUUGUCACUGAUAUAGGAGGGAUCGGAAUGGCAAUCGCCGAUAUGCCCAGGGAGCUUUUCAAGAGCAUGUCGCAGCCCAAGAAGAAAAACUCGGCUGCGGGAGAAGCACAGGAUGGUGCAACCCCUCUGGCAUCAGGAAGCGAGACGUCACUCCCUGCACCUCAGGGCAAUGAGUUGGAGAAAAGAUCGACGCCUGCACCUAGUAUUGCAGACACAGAAACUUUGGGCUCUACCAUUUCUACUACUGCUCACUCCAAUGCCUCACAGCCAACGCUGAGUGACACAGCAUCCAGCGCCUCUCGUCCUUGGUCUCCAGACCAAUCAAGUACCCAAGGAUCUGUCAAUGACAAAUCUUGGAAAGAGCAGAUCAAAGAAGCGGCUGGUAAGCAGCAGCAGCGUCGUGCGUCGUCCGUCAACUACGUGAAUGCAGCUGUCGGAACUGGAAAGGGAGUUGGCCGGGUUGUGACCACUGGUGCCAGAACACCAAUGAACUUCUGUCUUGGACUAGCCAGGGGUUUCAGAAACAUGCCAAGGCUGUAUAAUGAUGACACUAUUCGUCCGGUCGAAAAGGUAACAGGAGUUGGCUCCGGAGUUGUGGUCGCAGGCAAGGAGUUUGGCUAUGGCCUGUUUGAUGGCAUCACUGGUCUGGUAACACAGCCUUUGAAAGGUGCCGAGAAGGAGGGAGUCCAGGGGCUGGUCAAAGGUUUUGGCAAGGGUAUCGGAGGUCUGAUUGCGAAGCCGGCAGCCGGUUUCUGGGCCAUUCCAGCUUACACCAUGCAGGGUGUCAAUGCAGAGGUCUCGAAGUACUUUGCCAAGAGUGUCCAGAACUAUAUCACCUCGUCACGGGCUACCCAGGGUCAGCGAGAGAUGCACGAGGCAACACCAGGCGAAAGAGAAGAUGUUGUUCAAAGGUGGAACAACGUCAAGUUCGACCUCAAGAACUUCUACCAGUGGAAGAGAAAGGAAAAGGUUGCAGGAAAGCGCCCUGAAGAGCCCCGUCUCGACAGCUCAGAGGCUGGGUUCGAGCGGCCACGUACAGGAUGGAGACAGACUAAGAAUAUGUCUUUUGAGGAACGAAAGAAACUUCACGCCGACAAGGAUGCAUGGAAGAGGGGAUUCCUGGACGCGCCUGUCCCACAAUCAAACGCAAAUGAUGCUGCAAGUAUACAAACCAGCCCAUCUGAGGAUCCCGAGCUUGAAAAGGCCAUUCGGGCGUCAGUGCGUGAGACAUCGCGUGGCGACAGUGAGGAAGACGCCCAUGUGGAGGCAGCUAUCCGUGAGAGCAUCAAGGCUGUUCGGCAGCAGGUUGGGUCAAGUGAGGCAGGCCCGCUUCCUCUAAAGGAUCCGUCCAUUUUCGAGGAUGCCGACUACCAAAUCACGGACGAAGAGUAUCAGGCCCUUGUUGAACAGGCGAUCCAGCAGAGUCUAGGCAACGAUGUGCCGUUGCCCGACUAUUCUGAUGUGCCAGAGCUUGACGCAAUGGAUACUGUGUCUCAAACUCCCGUCCAGACCUCCACCCAGGAAGACGAUGCGGAGCUCAAGCGAGCCAUUGAAGCCUCCAGAAACCAACCUCCGCCGCCGCUCCCGCCGAGGGAAGAAAAUGACGAGGAGCUUGAACGGGCCAUUGCGGCGUCGAGAGAAGCUAUGGAACAGGAAAGCAAUCAGCGGUCUGAGGAAGAUAUCGUUAUGGAGUACGUCAAGCGACAGAGCUUGGCGGAGGAGGAGUAUAGAAAACAAAUGGCAAAGGGGAAGGGUGAAGCGGGUGGCGGCGAUGAUGAAGACGACGAGGAGUUGAAGCGGGCAAUGGAAGAGAGUUUGAAGAUGAAUCGGGGAGAUGCAUCAGGUCCAUCAGGAAGAUGA